CAUAGAUUCUCGAAAGUGACGAUAGUUUGUUCAAUGUUACGAGUUACUAUGGAGAUCAGUGAUAGUACGUUUGUCGCUGCCAUCGCCUUAAAAAUCAAGCAAACGUUUAAUUCCCAUUCACGAUUUUGAUUCUUCGAAUCUAUACGAUACCACUCGGCUGUCAUCGAUAAGAAAAAAGAAAAGUUAUUAAUUAAACGACGAUUUUUAAUUAACAUUAAACAGAAGUCUCGUCUAAUUUACAAACUUAUUAAAUCUUUAAAGACGUAAGUAAUUAUAUAACUUUUAAAAUGCUUAUUAAAAAUAAAAAAUCUUUAAUUUCGUGAAUUUAUGUUCAUUCAAUUGGAUUUUAUAUUUUGAAAAAGUAGAGAAAUAAAAUGGUACGACUUCACGUGAAAAAAGGCGAUGAGAGUCAAUUUCUUUACGAAACGCAUGUCAAUGCUAUGGUGGAAGACGUUUUAUACGAGGUCACCAUAAUUUACAACGGCCGUUUGAAAAUUUUAAGAAUAUGUUACGAAAUCGAGGAUCUUGCUAAGCAUGGCACAAUGUUACCACCAAACAUAAUGGGACUUACGGAGGAACAAGUAGAAGAACUUAAACUCAAAGACGAAUGGGGUGAAAAGUGUGUACCCAUGGGUGGAUGGACAUUUAACAAGGAUGGUGUAGGUCGAAGGAAUGGUCGUCAACCGAACGAGAAAAUGCAACAGAUCUUGAAGAAUACCGUGGAAGAUGCUAGAACCAUGAUAUCUAAGAAAUUGGUGCAACAAGAUAAACUGCUCACGCAGAAAAUCAUUCAAGAUGCGCUCGAUAUACUUAGGGGAGCUGUCACGAUAGUUUAUCCAAUGGGUUUACCACCUCACGAUGUUAUACGCCAAGAAUUUGAGAAUACCGAGAGUCUUACUGGAACUCAAGCCUCUUUAGAGGUAAUAGACAUAAGUUUAGCGCAGUUAUGGUUUUCCGGUAAAGAAAUGAUACAGGGAAAAAAGUUGAAGAACUUCUUAGGCUCAAACGAGAAGACGAAAGUCAUCGUGAAAUUGCAAAAAAGAGGAGCUGGUAUGCCGGGACGAGAACCUUUGAUGUCGGAAGAGGAACGAAAGUUAUUGAUGUUGCACGCCUACAAACGACAGGAACAGAUUAAGGUAAGUACUUCUUAUUUAAAAAAUUUUUUUAUACAUAUUUUUCUCCAUACGUCUUCAAAAGAAGCAUCGCGAGUCUUAGUCCGUUCACCUUUGAACGAUAAGCUGUAUAAUAUUUAAUACGAAUUUCUUGA